AUGGAAAAUACAGAUAUAAUUAGUGAUCAUGCACAAGUGAAUCGUACUAUAAAAGAAGAACGUCAAUGUAUAUUGAAUAUCAUUAAAGAAAUUAAAAAGACGAAUUAUAAUCCAUUACUGAUACAAAAAAAAACAAUAUUACCUGAUGCUAUAGGCGACUUAGCUAUAAAUUAUUUACUGCAAAUGAAAAUAUUAGUUUUAAAAACUGUCGAAAGAGAAGAUGUACCAUUUAUUGCUAAAAUACUUGGUUGCAAACCAAUUACAAGUUUAGAUCAUUUUCAACAAGAUAUGGUGGGCUCAAUAGAUCUCGUUGAAGAAAAAUUACAGCUGGCUCAGAUAAAAUCGUUACGGAUUAAAACGUACGUUGAACGGAGUAAUGUUUCCCAAAUUACAAGUGUUGCUCAUUCAGAUCAUUCAGUAUCAAUGUUAUUACGUAGUUCGAGUAAAUUAGAAUUUGAAGAAGCUGCUCGUUCAGUUCAUGAUGCUCUUUUUGUCAUACGAAUCUAA